ACUGAGCCUGCGCAGACCUCCCGUCAUGGCGGCCGCCUGAGCCCUGUGGUGAGGAGGUCUGGCGGGACUUAAGGUUGCGGUCGGCGUCAGGUGCUGCUGUCCCAUGAUUAAUGUGGAGCCUGGGCCAUGGUCGCCGGCUCCCGCCCCCACCAUGGAUGAAAUCACCUUCAAAAGUGACACCGUGCUGUCAGACGUCCACCUCUACACCCCGAACCAGAGACACCUCAUGGUGCGGCUGAACGGCAUGGGGCAGCCAGUUUUCCUGUCCCAGUUCAAGCUUCUGUGGAACCGAGACUCGGGGGUCAAGGGUGGCGAUGUCCGCACAGAAGAGACUCCUCCCACUGACGCAGGGUCCCCUCCAGGGAGUGGCUGCCACCAUGAGGACGUCUCCCUCCAGGCCAAGGCUGACACCAGCGGCCAGGAGGGGCUGGAAGCUCAGCUGGAUGAGGAUGGGGAUUUGGACGUUGUGAGAAGACCACGGGCUGCCUCUGACCCAUCAGGGCCCCUGAGAGACAAGGUACAUCCCAUGAUUCUAACGCAGGAGGAAGACAACGGCCUGGGAGACGAAGCCCGAGAGAGCAGCCCCCACGAUUUCAUCAAAAUAGAGCACACCAUGGCCACCCCCCUGGAGGAUGUUGGCAAGCAGGUGUGGCGGGGUGCCCUGCUCCUGGCAGACUACGUCCUAUUCCAGCGGGACCUCUUCCAGGGCCGCACCGUGCUGGAGCUGGGAGGGGGCACUGGGCUCGCCAGCAUUGUCGCAGCCACAGUGGCUCGGACCGUUUACUGCACAGAUGUCGGUGCAGAUCUUUUGGCCAUGUGCCAGCGGAACGUUGCCCUCAACAGCCACCUGACCGCCGCUGGAGGUGGUGUAGUUAAGGUCAAGGAACUGGACUGGCUGAAAGAUGACCUCUGCACAGAUCCCGAGGUCCCCUUUAGCUGGUCAGAAGAGGACAUCUCCGACCUGUACGGCCACACCACCAUCCUGCUCGCGGCCGAAGUGUUUUACGAUGAUGACUUAACUGAUGCUCUGUUUAAAACACUCUCCCGACUCGCUCACAAGUUGAAAAAUGCCUGCACAGCCAUCCUCUCUGUGGAGAAGAGGCUGAACUUCACGCUGAGGCACCUGGACGUCACGUGCGAGGCCUAUGACCACUUCCGCUCCUGCCUGCGCCAGCUGGAGAGGCUCGCCGACGGCCGGCUGCGCUUCGUGGUGGAGCCGGUGGACGCCUCCUUCCCGCAGCUCCUGGUCUACGAGCGCAUCCAGCAGCUGGAGCUCUGGAAGGUCUUUGUGGAACCAGUGAUGGGACCCGUCCCGUCUGCAGGCACAGCUCCUCGACUGCUCCUGUGAUGUUUCUAAUAAAAUCGGAAGUGUAACGUG